AUGAGCUGCAAAGAGAAGUGGGCUGGCUACCUCACUAAUAAGCUAAAGCACUUUGACUGUGUGACAACACAGCAUGUUGAGAGUGGCCAUCAUGCUCUGAAAAGAAGUAUCUCGGCUCUCCAGUCUUUGGACUCCUCGUUUGAGCAAAUAUGCUCAUAUCUCUUGCAAUUUGAGGGUGACUACCAAGAUCGUAGACUGGAUGAGAAGUUGGUGACCGAUGCAAGAAUCCUUGCUGAUGAGCGCCUUUGUGGAUUGGUCCACUUGGUUUCCAGAAUGCCAUUGUUUACAAUUCGCGCUGAACUUCUUGAAGAGGUUAUCAUUGGUGAAGCUUGUUACUGCAGAGUAAAGACUAUGUUUGGUCUCCCUUGCCACCAUACUCUGCCACAAAAUCGGGCCCUCACACUUCCAGACAUUCCUGAAAGAUGGGUUCUCUCUUCUGUUCUCCCAUUCCAUAAUAAGGAAGUAGAAAAAUUGGAAAGAGAACAACAAAUCUGUAACCUGAUGGCAAAGGUGAACGAUCUUAUAAAUAAUGCUGGUAAUUUAAAGGAUCACCUAGAGGUUGCCUUUCCUUUGUCAAGUGAGGUCAAAGCUCCUGAAAGAUCUAAGCACGUCAAAAGAAAAACUGCUCUCCUAAAGGAUUUUGUCCGUCACAAGCACAGGCAUCUCCUUGUCCAAAAAAAUAAGAGUGAAAUUAGAAAAAUCUUAAAAGAAGGAAUUAUAGAUGUAAUGAAGGAACUUUUAGAGAAGAAACCUCUUAAAAAAACCAUUAAAAAUAUCAAAAAAGAAACCCAAUUCGCUGAAAAGCAAGAGCCUCUCAAAGAAGCUGAAAAAUAUUCCUCUGGAAUUAAAAGACCUAACCACCUCCCAGAUGACUACUGGUACGAUAUUCCCAGUCCAAAAAAACAGAAGAAAAAUGUGCACGACUUUGCUCUGCCAGAUCAAAUCGACCAAACCGCCAUUUUGUUGACAUUUAACCCCAAGUCCGAUGGUUGGUGUGGUUUCCGUGUAUUUGCACACCUGAAAGAGGGUGGAGAGGAUCAGUUCCCUUUGGUAAAGAAGAAAAUGUUAGCCACGAUGACUACCCACAGUGAGCUCUAUGAGCAAAACUUUGGAAUGGAUAUUGCUGAGGUAACAAAGGUCAUUGCAUUUGGCCCUGACAUUGACCCAGCCAUUGACAAUCAGAGCAUCUUGCCCAUAACUUUUCUUCCCCUCCAUAAUCGGAAGCUUCUCAAAAGAAAGCUAUUGCCGAUGGUCUUGCACCAUGUACAUGGGUGCCACUGGACAACAAUCAAAGUUAAGCCUCAUGUACAUCGGUCCUGGCCUGAGUUCCCAAAGAACAAAUCUUAUCUUUUGCCUUCCACUACUAUCACUAACUCUCUUACAAAUUCUCCCUACAAAGUCUGUGCAUUUAUAAGCAAUCUGAUUAAGAUCUUCAUCCACAUGGCUCUUCCCGCUAAAGUACUGGAUCCACCUAUUGGGUCCACCACAACACUAGGUCAAGCCAAUAUAACCACUCCACAACCCUCUACUACUACCUCUACCACAACCAACACUAGGUCAUAUCUCAAUGUCGCCACAGCCACUCCCGCCCCCGGUCAAGUACCAGUCAUUCUUUUCUCUAACUUGCCGACAUCUACGGAUCGCGUCUGGCGCGAAAGUACAUCUCGUCAUUCGGUAUUCUUCACCCCACCAACUGAUUCCACCCUUACCUCUGAAUUCUGGACUGCUCUCAGAGCAAGCGUUCCUACGGCAUGCACCUUGGGAAUAUCAUUCGCUCAUCGUCAACCGCUCAUCCAUGAAUUGCACCUGACCAAUUCUACCAUCUGCACCAAACUCUGUUCCAAAGGCUUCCUGGUUGGAGGCCAAACGUACUUCCCCUCUAUGGGUAUUGCCCCAGGCACAAAAAUCUUGCGUAUCUCCCUCUCCCAGCUUCCAUACCUUCCUUCCCCUCUGCUUGAAGAGGCUAUCAAAACAGCCUUGGCCGCAUAUGGCACCGUCCGCGAAGUCGGUUUGUAUCUUCGUGUCAAUUUUUUUGAUGGCACUGGUUCUGCUUACCUUGAACGACCACCCAACCCCAAUGCCACCCUUGCCAAACUCUCAUACAAGAUCCCGUAUGAUGGCGACUUGUACUUCUUAGGUACCUGGAAACAGAUGGGUAUUCACUGUAAUUAUUGUAAAACUGGUCACUUGCAACAUGCCUGCCCCAGAGCACCCCCCACGGACGCCAGCUCUUCCAAGAGACCCCGCAAGGUUCCCACGACACAUGACUCCCCUGAUCGCUCAUGCAAGACUACUCCCGGUGUGUCUCACAGACCUCUGGCCAAGAAAUCGAUUCCCCCUCGCGGUACACCUACGAUGGCUGAGGGAUCCCAGGCUACUACCACCACCUCCAGCACGAAUUCCUCAACACCGCGACGACCCUCUGUCCCCGCUGUUCCUACUUCCCCCCGCCAGUCUGCCAACAGGUUUGCUGCACUUGACGGACUAACUGACAACAGCCGCACAGGCGCACUCUUCGACCCCACUCUGCCUCUUCCUCAGACACACAACACCCAGUAUGAUCCCGUCUUUCACCCCCUCCACAACGCUUUUCUUCCCUCCAACUACACUUCCGGCUCCACUAAAGACGAAGAAGAAUUUCACCCCAGCACUUUUGACGGCAAUGACGACCAAGACUCCCAGAAUAUCCUAACUGAUGACGAGAUGGCAGACGGCGAUCAUUCUUAA